AUGUCAGAUUACAGAAAUACAAGCAAGUUGAACCGUUACAGUAACAGGGGACACCACAUACAGACAAUGUGGCUUCACAACAUGGGUAAGAAACUGUAUAGAGAUCUUAGAUACAUUACAGAAAAUCGAAAUGGAGAUGUAAUUGUGUCUGACUGGAAUGGUAUUGAUCAUGGUACUUUACUGGUGACAGAACGUGGAGGAAGUCAUCGCUUCUCCUACACAGGACAUCCAUCAGAAUCACGAUUUCAGCCGCUUGGAAUCUGCACUGAUGUUCUGUCACACAUCCUGGUUUGUGAUUGGAACGCUGCGACUGUACAUAUGGUUGACAAAGACGGUCACUUUCUGUCUCUGAUUCAGAUACAUCAUCAGCACAGGAUAAAUAACCCAUGGAGCCUAAGUUAUGAUGACAAAACCCAUCUUCUUUGGGUUGGAUUAAGGACUGACAAUAAAGUGUGUGAAUACAGAUACAUAGCCAGACAUGACUGUAUGACAGGAAAAUGUGAUGAAGUAAAAUAUGAUCAUCAGAUAG